GACCUAUCGGUGUCUCGACGACGGCUUGACAAACGACGGGGUAAGGAGCUUGAAUAUGGCUUUGCUUUUAUUUAUCCGGAAAAUGAAGGGCGACAUUGGAUUUAGAACUGGUUUAUUUAUCAUUAACAGAUCCAAAUUAUCUACUUAUGGCACAACAUUUUUAGUAGCCAUAGAACCACUUGAGGCAAGAAUACUCACUAUCCGACAGCCAUUUGCGGGUGGAACAGAUCGUUGGCUAACGGUCAACGGGCCGCGGCUGUUCCAUAACUCGGUAGAGUAGUUAAGUAAGCCAUAGUCCCUGGUCCGUGGCUCAAGCUGUACCAUGGGUGGGCAUCAUGGAACACAGAGGAAAGGCCAACAUGAGUCACAAGCUGGGGUAUAAGGGUUUUUAUUGCUACGUAUGAAGUGUGCAACUUCCUGAGAUCGACAUGGGGCAGCCCAUUGCGGGCAGGAGCUUCAAUGUUGGCCAUAUUCAUUGUUGGGCAUACUAGCCGUGUCUUUGUUACCAAGCAUUUCAUCCAAUCAAUAGCGUAUAAGAUCGACAAAUGACUGCCAGACUAGUCUUCCAUUCAUAUCUCCCGGAGUUGGCAGAUUCCUCGGUAGACAUCACUCCUACCCCAAGGGGCAUGUACGUUUCCUCCUGGGUCGACUAUACCAUGGCAGUAGGGCUGAAAGAGUCACGGGAUGAUAAACUUUCACGUGACCACGGGUAGAUUCGCAGCCUUAUCUUAUAUAAGGUUCCUUACAUAAGGUUAUUUGCGUUAAGGUUUUUGGGGUCUCCCUGACUCUUUCCUUCUUUGGGUCGGCAUGACGGAUUUUUGGGAAGGAGCGUGACCUCGUCAUGGCGCAUUCUCGCUAUCUCAUCUUCUCUUCGUCUGGCCGUCUCUCAGCCUCUCGUUCGCCUAUCGUCUUGCCCGUUGUCGUCUACACUCAACUCUCUCCUACACCCACUCACCCGAAGUCUCGUUUUCUCGGCGGUUCGAAGAGCCGACGGUUAUAUCUUCUCCGCAUACGGAGUAAAGCGACACGUGUGACUCUUCAGCUCCGCUUAUAUAUAUACCGCCUCCACUCAAUAACGCGCCUCAACAUCGCACUUUGGGGUAGAAGGAGUGCGGUCAGGUCUGUUUCCUCCGACACACUUCUCGCACUACAGUUACCUAUCACGUUCAAAUAGGCUGAGGUUUCAGAGACUUUUCGGUUUGUGUUACCUCAGCGAAGUCAGCCACGGAGUGCAUUUAUACCUGUCAAACUGCCCAUCUCUGCUCCUCGCCACGGAAGUUUUACCACACCCUCAUCUACCCAGCUUCGUCGUCUACCAUCCUAUCUACGCUGGGAAUGGAAACAGCCGGUCUGCUAUAGCCAACAGACAACAGAAUCAUGCCGUCAGCAGCAUGGAACUCCGCCCAUCGUUCGCUUCCGGAGCACUGUGAACCGGUGUCUCCGUUCUUGCAACUGAUCUCAUCUACUUUGCAAAUAUGCCUACCGACCCCUCUCGCCCUAAUUUCGUCCACACUUGGGGUGCUAAGUAUUAUCUCCUGGCUCUUUGCCCAGCUCCCGCAAAUAUACAAGAACUACAAGAUAAAGUCAACGGCAGGCUUGUCAAUAGUCUUUAUCGUGGAAUGGCUCCUGGCUGACACAGCAAAUUGCAUCGGUGCCAUUCUCACCAACCAGGCUGGCUGGCAGAUCACGAUUGCCACUUAUUACGUGACCGUUGACCUUAUCAUGACGUGUCAACACUUCUGGUACACGCACAUGAAGCAGUGGCAACCCAACCGUCUUAGAUACGCCAACAUCGGCGAUGGUGAAGACAGCGACACGGAUUUCCCACCAUCAGACUGCGACUCAUUCCAGCAACUACAAGAUUCCCAACGUUCAUCGUCUGCUCGCCCAGCGGAUAAGUCGAAGGCGGGAGGAAAUCAAUUAUCCGACGAAAAGGCUCAAUCUCAAGCCUCCAACGGGAAGCGAUACGUCCAAUCAGUUGGCCUUGGAAGUUCGUUGACUUCUCCUAAAGCUGUAUUGUUUAUUUCUAUGCUCUGUGCAGUCAUAGCCAACGCCUCGUCCAUCCCAGCGUCUGGACUUUCAAGGCCACACCCAGUCAUACCACCACGAUCAAAUACAAAAGAAUUUGUAGGCCGGAUAUUCUCUUGGAUUUCCACCAUCCUUUAUCUCGGAUCCCGGCUACCGCAGCUGUACAAAAACUACACGCGUAAGAGUACUGCUGGCCUGUCGCCACUGCUCUUCAUUGCUGCAUUUUGUGGAAAUAUGUUCUACUCUUCUUCCUUGCUCACCAACCCGAAUGGCUGGCACAAUUUCCCGCCUUACGGUGGAGGCGGAUGGGCCGGUCCAGAUGGGAACAAUCGAAUGACUUGGAUAAUUCUUGCAAUUCCAUUCUGGCUCGGGGCUACUGGUGUCCUCUUGCUAGACGUGUGUGUGGGAAUUCAGUUCAUGAAAUAUGGUGAACAAAAAAAACAAAUAGUUACCCGCGUAGGGAGAGGCCGCCACAAAUGGAUACAGGUCACUGGUUUCAUGAAGGGCUGGAUCCCUUCACUAUCUCCCGAUAGAAAUGCAUCAAAUAAUGAAACGCAAGCACUUAUUUCCCGUGAGGGUGAUAGAUAUGGUAGUGUUUGAUUUUGAUCAUCCACUUUCCCUAUUCACGACCUUCCCCUUCUUUUAUACAUAUUUUUUGACUUUUGUUCAGUUAUUAGACGAUUUUGGAACCAUGAUUUUUGUCAACUCUUUAGCAAUGCUGGUGUUUCAUUUGAUUCACAUUUCAGCAGGCAGAUACCCAUCUUUCAUAUCUAUCAAGAUCUAUUUACGUUGUUUUUCGAUAUCCUAUUACCUUUGCGUCUCGAGUAAGAGGACGCCUAACCCUUUUAUACAUAUAGAUGGAUCGAAUACUGGGUCCUUCGCUUUCCCCGUUCACGGCAAGAACUUCAAGGAUAAGCCCAUGAUAUUUCCCAUAUGGACCUUUGCUCUCCGUUGUUCAUAUCUUCGUUUUGCUGUAUUCACUGCGUGUCAGCAUGUUUCACGGAUAUACUAUAGUCGGGAGAGAUUUUAUGAUGCACUAUAAACAUACUUAUCUUUCGGUUUUUUUCGGUUUUAUUUCUUUUUAAAGCCCACUAUAGAACAAUUUCAUGGUUCAUUACAUCCAAGCCCAAAUUCCAUACUUAAAAUUUCAAUCACCUCUUUGGUUAAUGAUGCGAUGAACCUUUUUGACAUAGACCAGAAAACUGGUAUUAUGUAGGAUUGUGUCAAUUUAAGUGUUGGAGGAAAACCCAUAACCCCUUUUCCAUGGAAGUACCUUUGCCCAUUCCCAACUCCACAAACUCCGGAGUCUCAAAGGGAGUCCACAUUGAAAGUAUCCUUGGAAUAUAUACCCUACGCCAUUCUCCCUUUCUAACCUGUCAAUCCAUUCUUCGGUUGAUACCUCGUUGAACGAGAGAAAAAAAAAAUGUUACCCGAUGUUGAGCGAGGAAGGAGUGAACCCUAGCGCCGUCUACAGUUGCGACAUGGUCCCCAAGGCACAGGUAUUUUGGUAACUCGUGUGCAUGGGAAGGAUGGGUGCUUUCGACGCCCACAAGAAUGGAAACCACCGACUUCUCUAUGUCCGCAAGAGCACUGAUGGAUAACUUGGUGGCACAUCGUGUCUUGGUUCCUGGGGCUUCCAAAACAAGAACGUGAAGGGUAACGAUGGCGGGUCCGGAUUCUAUACGCGUGAGUACUACCCCUGAUAACUUGAGCAACAGGUAUUCUCACCUUGAACACUCCUGUUCUUUAGCAGAUACAGCGUAUGCAGAAUGGAGACGAUGCUGUUAAAAUAGUUUUGAUGUGGAUGGCAAUAUACUCAUUCGAGUACCCAGAUAUUUAUAUCCUUUGUCUAAUGCUGACUGUUGAACGACCUUUGACUGGAUGUGGUGACCAGUGCACUUUCAUCAAGUAAAUAGAUUUCAAUUGAAGUAAGUGCUGUGGAUGACUGUUGGUUAUCACCGAUGUUCGAAUCAAUAUCUGAAUAUCAAAAACCUCUACUUCAAUAAAUGCAUCCGUUUUACAGAUGAGACAGUGAGAAAGCUGAGAGAAAUACAUAAUAGUUAGUUUACAACUCUAGUGUAGGGGUUGUAUAUAUAAGUAAACGUUACCUCGUGGCUGUUAAGGGAAAUGAGCAUAAGUAGUUGGUAUAUACAGGGGCAAAACACUCAUUG